CGGGUUAGAGUUGGAACCUGCUCCUCAGAUAUAAAGAGCUGUUUGCCUUCCAAACCGCAAGGAAACGCUGAAUUACAACGUCAUAGCAGAACAGCGACCAGACACACGGUCCCUCUCAAUAAACCCACAGAGGCAACCAGUUUAACCUAGGCAACAUCUCAACCAAUUUAGACAGCUGAAGAAUCAAACCAUUUCUCUAUUUUAACAACGUUUUUAAUUUUUUAAUUAUUGUAUUUAUAGUACGUAUUUGUCACGGCACAUUUCACUGUUAUAGUAAAAAAAAAAUUGAGAGAAAAAGUUUUCACUGCGCCGCGGGAGCGUGAGAGAGAAGCUCAACCUAACUUUUUCUGAGAGUGAGGAGAGAGUAUGUCUGCGCUUAUCAGCGUGUACUCAGCGUCUUGGCCGGAGAGCUUUGAGUGCUCAACGGGAGAUGGGGACGUGCCUGACGGACACGGCUCGCACAGGACUCCCGCGGACAAAGCAUCGGAGCCGCGCAUCAGACGGCCCAUGAAUGCGUUCAUGGUCUGGGCUAAAGAUGAGAGGAAGCGCCUGGCUGUCCAAAACCCAGACCUGCACAACGCAGAGCUUAGCAAGAUGCUGGGCAAGUCUUGGAAGGCCCUGACCCCUCUUCAGAAACGUCCCUACGUGGAGGAGGCCGAGAGGCUGCGCGUGCAGCACAUGCAGGACUACCCCAACUACAAGUAUCGCCCUCGCCGCAAGAAGCAGCUGAAGCGCAUCUGUAAGCGUGUGGAUCCCGGGUUCCUACUGAGCAGUCUGGGGGGGCCGGACCAGGAUGCCCUAACUGACUCCCGGGGCCUCUGUCUCUCUCUGGGUUUGGAUAAAGAAGGGGAUGGUGGUGUUGGGUUUUCAUCACGCUCUUCCCUCAGCCCGGUUAGAUCCUUAAGAGAUGUACCGUCCAGUAGCACCUACCCCUACGGUCUCCCCACCCCGCCUGAGAUGUCCCCUCUGGAUACAGCCCUGGACCACGACUACCCCUCCUACUACCCCUCCUCCUCUUCCUCCUCUUCGUCCGUCUCCUGCUCAGAGGAGCGCCACCAGCACCAGCGUCAGGGUCAGGCCCACGGAGGUGGAGGUGGUGGUGGAGGUCACAUGGGCCUGAGUCCUCCGCCCUACCACCCCGACUACACCCAGACACAGACUUCCAUCCACUGUGGCUCCCACUCUCACCUAGCCCACCUCUCCCACAUGUCCCAGGCUCAGUCCGGAGGCCUCAUCCCUGGGCAUCCUCUGUCCUACUACAGCCCAUCCUCAUGGUCCUCCCAGCUCCAGGUCCACCCGGGCCUCCAGCCCCACCAUCACCCCCACUUGGGGCACCUCUCCCCGGGUCACCACCACCAGCACCACCUGGGUCAGCUCUCUCCUCCUCCAGAGCAGAACCAUGGCCAGAACCACGGUCAACUGGAAACACUGGAACAGCUGAGUCAGGUAGAGCUUCUAGGGGAGGUCGACCGUGAUGAGUUCGACCAGUACCUGAACUCGACUGCGGCAGGUGCGGCAGCAGCGGGGGUAGGGGUAUUCCACUCCGAACACGGAGGAGGAAUGACUGUGACGGGUCACAUUCAAGUGACGUCUGGGAGCAGCGUCGUCGCGGAAACCAGCCUGAUCUCUGUGUUAGCGGACGCCACGGCUGCGUACUACAACAACUAUGGCAUUUCUUAGACGGGGUCGUCGAGUCACCUGGUCGCCAUGCCGACACCGACAGCUCCCGUCAUCACACCUGGGAACUGACCUGGUGGCCAUAAUGUGUCACACGUCUCAGAGUUAAGACUGUUGAUCUAGGAUCAGGUGUCUAUAUCCGUGUAAUGUUAUUAAUUGUGAUCUAUAAGGCAAAACUUCGAGAUGCUUGAUACCUAUGACUCCAGGUAGGCUGAAGAUGGGUUAGGGUGAGUAGGGGGGUGGGGCGACGACACCAGGACCAAUCACAUAGCAAGAUGAUUGUUUGGGGCCAAGGAAGGAAACAAGAGGGUAUAAAUGAGAGAAAGAGAGAGAGAAGAAGAUUGAAGGACACCUCAGGGAUGCUCAAAUAGAUCAACUAGUUCCUCACUUCUAUCUGUCUAUUUCCAGAACUGAAUAACAGCCCGGUCGUUUGGAGCAGUCGUUGUCCGGUUUGUCUUAACGUGUCGCCAGUCGUUGUCCGGUUUGUCUUAACGUGUCGUUGUAAAGCGUGUUGUACAGAUGCUCUCGUCACUUAUUGAAGCACUUUGAUGUUUCAACUAAAUGCUUUAUUGUAUUGCUGUUAUUAUGAAUUCUUUCUGUUUGAAUGUUUGUAUUAUUUGUUACCCGACAUUAGUUGGCGUUUUUUUUACCUCAGUAGUGUGUAUUUAAAUGAGGAUUAGAUGGACAUUUCUUAUGCAGUUACCGCAGACAACAUGGUUUUGCGCAUCUCAAAUCCCACUCUAGUCCCUAUACAGUGCACUACUUUUGACCAGGUACCACAGGGCUCUUGUCAAAACUAGUGUACUGCAAAAGGAAAUACAGCAUCAUUUUGAGACGAAACCAUGGAAAUAUCAUGAAGAAAAAUACUUUACGUACUUUCUUCUUUUCAAGUACUUAAUAUAUAAUCAUAAUCUUUACAAUGAAAAUAAUAAUUAUUGUAUGCUGAUUUAGGUUUGUGAAUUAAUUUUAAAUAAAGUUCCACUUUCUAUAUUGAC